GCAGAAUAUCUUGUGGAGAAAUGAGCUGGAGCCUGGAGACUGUCUGUGUAAAUUUUGAUGUAGGCAUCCUACACCAAGAAGCAAAGGUACAGGGGAUAAGCUCACGAAUGGCCAAGAAAUGGGAGAUACAGCAUUCUACAUAUUAUAUCUCGGAGAUCUAAGUUGAAUAUACAAAUAUGAAUACCUGACUCUCUACAUUACCUUCUCGAAGCGAGAAAACAAGAGAAUGUCAAAGGGUCUGCCCCUUCCCCUUACCAAAAGAAAACACCCGUCAAAGCGGCCAAUCAAAAAUCAGCCUGUCGACUUGCCUCCAACAGAGCAAUUUUCAGUUUCGGUACUUCCUAUUCGUCGCCUCAUACUGCAAGUAUUCCUUUAUGCAGGAUUUCAAGAUGCAGAAUCCAAUCAAAGCCACUUGAUUUGUUCAUUCGUCCUGCCUUCAAGAGCCCUCAGCUGCAGGCAGGCCAUGGAGUGGCGGCAUUGGCGUGGGAUGUUGGCCGUGAGAGCUGGCGGGCAAUGUAUGGGCAAAUCAUAAUCUAGAAAUGAUUCAGUACUACUACUACAAGACAGAGGUAUAACUUCUCAUUGUAUCAGAUCCUAGUCAUGUCAUGUCAGAAGAUACAGUAUGUAAUGUACCUGACUCGGUGCGGCAUCAGAAACCAUCGCCUG